ACUUAUAGACUGACCUCUGACAGCUUUAGCACUUACACACACUUUAUGAUGCUCCCAUGUGUGAAAGAGACAGCAAAGAUGGACAUCGAUGCCAUGUUCAGUGACCUGCUUGGAGAGAUAGAUGAUCUCGCUCAGAGUCUAAUGAUGUCAGCGGACACACCAGCAGUAGACCCUGCCUCACAGAGAGAGAGCACCUUCUCCAUUGGCUUCACAGACCUAAACGAGUCUUUGAAUGAAUUGGAGGAUCACGACUUGGAUGCUCUGAUGGCUGAAUUUGGAUCAAAAUCAACCACCUCAAAAGGGAACUUCCUCACAGAUCAACAGACCUGCAGCCGUGCAGAUAAUCAGAUAGCGGCAUCAGCCAUGACUCAGGAACCUGAGCUAGCAGCUGCGUUUCCUCCAACAUCGAAUUCUGCAGAAGCCUCUGGAGGGCUGCAGAUGAGUGAACCCCAGACAAAGGAAGCCAAAAUUAAACUGGCUCUGGAGAAGCUGAAAGAAGCCAAAGUGAGGAAGCUGAUAGUAAAGGUGCUGUUGAGUGAUGGCAGCUCCAAGACACUGAUGGUGGAUGAGAGACAGACGGUCCGAGAGGUUUUGGACACGCUGUUUGAGAAGACACAUUGUGACUGCAGCAUCGACUGGAGCCUGACUGAGACUAACCCUGAGCUGCAGACUGAGGCAGGAGAUGCAUGUUUUCUCAUCAUUUCAGAAAGAGGCUUUGAGGACCAUGAGCACUUAGUUGAGCCUCUUUCUGCAUGGAUGCGUGUCAGUGAAAACAAAAUCUAUUUUGUGUCGAGACCUCAGAAGUAUGUGAUGUUCACAGAGCCUCAAGUAUUUUACAUGUGGAAAAAGAAGAAAACAUGUUUGAGUGGGAUUAACGAGCAAGCCAAACAGCUCUUACUCGAGGAGCAUUUUGGAGGUUCCACUGUGAUUGUUCCUGAUCUUGAAGGCACACUGCACAUAAAGGAAGAUGGGAAAAAGGUUUGGAAACCUCGCUACUUUGUGCUCAGGGCCUCGGGCAUCUACUAUGUACCCAAGGGGAAGACAAAGUCUUCCAGUGAUCUCGCCUGCUUUGUCCAUUUUGAAAAAGUCAACAUUUACACCACCAACUGUUUCAAACAGAAAUACAGAGCUCCCACCAACUUCUGCUUCAUGCUGAAGCAUCCCUGCAUCCAGAAAGAGUCGCACUACAUCAAGUUCCUUUGCUGUGACGAUGAACACACACUGUCGCUUUGGGUCAACUCCAUCAGAAUAGCCAAGUAUGGGACUGUCCUGUAUAAGAACUACCAGGCUGCAACCAAGAGAACUCUUCCUUCUGCGGCGCACAAAGACAGAUUUAAGAGUCAUGCCCCUCAGAUCAGCCCACAGCCAGGUCCUGCUCCACCUAAGACUACAAAUGUUGAAGACUAUCCACAUGUGCCACCACCUGACUUCAUCCCUCCUCCUCCUCCUGGACACACACACGUUUGAGACACAUCUUCGCCUCCUUCAGCUCGCCUGGAUUUAACCAAUUUAGCCUCUCUUUAACCAAUUUAGCGUCUCUUUAACCAAUUUAGCCUCUCUUUAACUAAUUUAGCCUCUCUUGUGCACAGCACACAUCUGGACGACAGGUUAAUCUGGAGCCAAUAAUAAGAGGUUUCAUUAAUGCACACAGUAGUGUUACAUAUCACAUCUUAUUUAUUCCCAGAUGUAUAAUGAUAUUAAUUUGUGUUGGGUUUUAGCACAAAAGAUUCUGCAAUUUAUAAUUGUUCUGCACGUGUUCCAGCAGCUUUUUUUACGACACACAAAACACACAUUUCUCUUCAUUGUCUCAAUGAGCUGUUUAUUACAAAAAGACUGUACAUAAACUUCAAUGAACACAUCCUAUGUACAAACUGAGAGGAGAAGACAAAUAUUGGAUUCUGUUCCCAUGAACAUUUAAGUUACGGAUCACCCCCCCCCCCACCCCACCCCACGUUUCAUCAUUAAGAAAACACACAUCAAAGAAAGGCGCCUUGACCUGUGAUGCCCUGAAAUGCGAGACGUUAAGUGGUAAACAUUACAAAGUUCUGCACGUCAGUGGCUGUCUCAUGAUUUCUCUAUGAAAAAAGUAUAAAUUAAUCCUUUACAUACAAACUGCCAUAGCGAACCUUCCUCAGCAGUCUCCGACACAAACACAAGUUGAAUGCAAAGCUAGAAAUACAUUAGGUAGAAAAAGUCGUUUUCUCACAAAAAAUGACCUCAUGAUGGAAUAAAUACAAUCAAGAAUGGGAUGUAGUGGCAAAUCAUUCACUGUUACGACGUUUAGACACGUUCAUGCUCAGAGGCUGAAUGAAUACUGUUCACUUGAGUCAUUGUUUCGCUCGUCUGUGAGGAAACCUGAAGAUGUUACCUCUGGAAGUCUGUAUCCAUUUCAAAAUAAAAGCUUGUGUUCAAUGCC